UACUUCAACUUCAAAUUCAUAUCCAAAUUCAAAAUCUCCCAAUUCCUCAAAAAUGGCGCCAAAAGCCGAGAAAAAACCCCACACUCCCGCCGCCGAGAAAGCUCCCGCAGAGAAGAAGCCAAAAGCCGGGAAGAAACUCCCAAAGGACGCUGCCGGAGACAAGAAGAAGAAGAGGGCAAAGAAGUCAAUUGAGACUUACAAGAUCUACAUCUUCAAGGUGUUGAAGCAAGUUCAUCCCGAUAUUGGAAUUUCAAGCAAAUCUAUGGGGAUCAUGAACAGUUUCAUCAACGAUAUCUUUGAGAAACUUGCUCAGGAAGCUUCUAGACUUUCUAGGAUCAACAAGAAGCCGACGAUUACUUCAAGGGAAAUUCAGACUGCUGUGAGACUUGUGCUUCCUGGUGAAUUGGCUAAGCAUGCUGUUUCUGAGGGUACUAAAGCUGUUACCAAAUUUACUAGUGCUUGAGUUAUUAGGGAUUUAGGGUUUUCGAUUUAGGGGUUUGUGAUGUAAAGAAGGAAAACUGAUUAGACAAACCGUAGGUCGAUUUAAUAUAAUAGUAGUCUUUAUAUUUUCUGCAUUUUGUAAUGAUGUAAUGUUCUUCCCUUUUGUUAGAUUGUUAAAUUUGAAAGGAAAAUAUGCUUUACCAUUCUCA